GUGCCGUCGUGUCGGUCGAAGGGGAACGUCUCGUGCGCAUGGGCAACAACAAAAAAAAAUGUGUCCAUCCCCUUCCCCUAGCUCGUUCUGGAAGAGCCGUGACCGGCGGCGUAACCUAGAGUGUGAGCGACUUGAAUGCGAUACUGCUGCCGGGCGGUGCCGGACGGAGUUCCGGUCGGCGGUGGCUGCGUUUGCAAGGCAGGAUACCGAACUAUGGAGGCGGAGGGAAUGGAGUUCCUGCUCGACGCAGUGGACAGAUUUCCCGUACGGGAAGAAUUUGCUGACAGCCUUGAGCAACCAGAUCUAGUGCCGCUCCUCUAUCUGCUGCAGAAUGGGGGUGCAACUGAAGGUCGCGUUGAGGCCAAUGGGGAAUCUGGGCUAGCUCAGGUGGACGUCGAGGGCGUAGCUGCAGACCGACCACAUGGUGAACGUCGUCCCCGUGCUGAAUCUCCGAUGAGGUCUGCUCAGUCAACUGACAGGGUGAAUCCGCAAGCCCCCGGGUGGACAAAAAGGCUGCGUCUCGGAAGCGCGCCACCCGACCGAGUCCCAUGCCCUUCGAGGAUGAGUGCUCUAGAGAUUUCUAUACGCAAAUAUGCGGAGCAGCCUGACAAGAGUGUCGUUUGGCCUGAGCUGGGGCUCAGUUUCGAUUCGCUUGGCGAGGCAUAUGACUUCUACAAUCUAUAUUCUUGGGAAGUCGGUUUCAGAAUAAGAUAUGGAAAGAGCAGACUCAACGCCAAGCGAACGAAAACCAUGCAGGAAAUUGUUUGUGGUUGCUCGGGGAAACCUGAAUCCGAAAACAGCAGGUCCUGCAGAUGUGAGUGCCCUGCUCUGAUCAGGCUGCUGCGUGCAUCGGACAACAGCUGGUACAUAACAGAGCAUCGAGCGAGUCACAACCAUUCGAUGUCUCUGACAAUGGGAGAGAAGGUGCACUGGCCUUCUCAUAAGCACAUUGAUGUAUACACCAAGGAUUUGAUAAAGCAACUAAGGGAGAACAAUGUUAACCUUGGGAAUGUUUACAACAUUAUUGGGAGCUUCUUUGGGUCACUCGAGAAGGUACCUUUCACAAAAAGGACGCUAAGAAACAUUUGUGGGAAUUAG